UCCUGCCUCUCUUUAAAUGUAAAGCUGCCUGCUGCACCUGUGACGUUUGCCGCCUGCCGUGCAAUGCCAGUGCGCACUGGGCAUCAAAAGCGCAGAUAGAGGCAAAACAAUGUCACAAAAAAGGACAUAUCCUUCAGGUGCAGAAAAAAGGAAGAAGAAGAAAGUGGAAGAGGAGAAAAAAUGCCAUGAUAAAGGAGCAUUGUUAAAAUACUUUGGAGGCACAGAAUCAGCCCAGAGCCAGUCCACAUCCUCAGGCUCAACUGUGAGUGAUGAAUCAGGUCCAUCUCCAUCCUCUACAGUGCUCUCUCACACACCUCCAUCCUCUGUGCCCACUGUCCCCUCCAUGUCUGAAACCACAGCUGAUUUAUCUAGUCCUUCUUUUUUAGUCAUUGUAUAUAUUCCUCAGCAACUUCCACCACAAUGUCCCCUUCACACCAUGGACCAUCAUCAGCUCCGCCAGUUGACCCAGCUGAGUGGCCUUCUUUCCUCUCAGAUUCAGACAGGACUGAGCAGGUGAUCAGAGGACCACUGUCUAUUAAGGAGAACUUUUCAUUCCCCAAACGGCAUGAUGGCCGAAGUUUUCAUUAUCAUUAUACCUACAGACAGCUAGUCAAUGGGGAAAAAGUCAAGCGUAGCUGGCUGACUUAUUCAAGAAGUAAAGAUGCAGUCUAUUGCUUUUGCUGCAAAUUAUUUUCCAAAAAGUCCUUAAAACUGGCAGCCGAGGGACAGUGGGAUUGGGUCGACAUAGGUGCACUGCUGAAACAGCAUGAAAACAGUGAAGAUCAUUGUAGCAACUUGGUGAAAUGGAAGGAAUUUGCCUUGCGUCUUUCAAAGGGGAAAACUAUUGAUGAAUUUAACUUCAGUAGACUGCGCUCUCUUUGUACAAAGUAAACAUUAAAUAUGAACAAUUAACUAAAAAUAUAAACUAGUAAUUAAAGACUAAUAUGUACAAGACUGAUGAGACAAGAUGACACUUUUACUGUAAAUACAAAGCUUUAUCACUUGGACUGUUCAACCCCAGGCCACUCUUGUAGCUGAAUGUUUUCUACAUUUUAAGAUUAGGAACCAUAUGUGGCACUCUGGACAUCAUUCGUUCAUUCAUUGGUAUUAUUUAUGUUCUUAACUGGGCCAUCCCCAUAUCUUUAUAAAUGACAUGUCAUUUGUAAAGACAUGCCAGGCUGACAAUAGGAUAAUGUAAACAACACUGCCAGAGCCGCAAUGAGUUUAUAGUAGGUGUGUGAAUGAUCAACAAUCAAUAUUAUUGGCAGAAAUAGAGGGCCCCAAAAUCAAAUUUUGCUUAGGGCCCCAUGGAGGCUUGGGCCGGCACUGACCAGGAGGCUGUCUAACGCGCACCCGACGUGGGAAUAAACGUAACAAAAAUACACAGCACAACCCAAAAAAUAUCUUAUUACCUUCAUUUUGCCAAAAUCUUAAUUAGCUUUGGACAAACAGUCACGGAGAAAUUAUGACUUGUGUGUGUGAAGUAUGUCAACUGUGGUGGCUGCCUCCAAUGUAUUUGUAAUCACUGUAUGGAUAACUCAUUAUGUGUUAUUCUAACUGAUCUUACUUUUUUGUAACAUGCUAAGUAAAAAUAAGUGUACUUUUGUUGUUAUUUCCCCGUAUUUCUGCACAAUAACUCAGAUAUGGUAACACUGUCGAGCAGUAGAGCAUAUGGAGUGAUUUUUGGUCCAGAACAUAUUUUGUUUUUUUCAUUAUUGAUGAAUUUCUUGCCUUUUUAGGUUGUAUAUUUUUAUGAGAUUUCCAGUUCAUUUUCUCAUCUAAUAUUACACCCAUUACUCAUUCAA